UCCUUUACAAUGUGCCCCAUGUACAAAUUGUAGAGAGAGCUACAAUUCUGGGUUCUGGGAGAGCUUGUUGGUUGUGUUGUAUUGGAACUGAGUGAGCUGCAGCAGGUCAAAGGCCCACAAUGAACCAGUGAGCUGAGACAUGAGCAACUGCUGUGUGAUCCCAGUUGGGGAUGUGUAACCCUGUCCUGUGUUCUGCUUGCCAGCUCAUACAGACAUCAUCUCUGCUUCAUCUGGCUGCCCUUCAGAGCUCUGCAAAGGCUCUUACCUGCAGAGUACCACAGGAUCCUUUCCUGAGAUGCCUUGGACCUGUCUGAGGUGCCAAGGAAAUGCUGAUUUUGCUGGAUGGAGUGAGCACAGCCCACAGUGUAAUAUAUACACAGGACACAAACUGCAGCCACACAAGGUGAUUGCACUUGUUUCAGGAUACUUUCUCACAGGGAAAGGAUGGAGAUACACUGGAAAACAUCCUUAUCCCUCACAGCUGCUCACAGGCUCAAAUUCAGCACUGGCUAGCUGUGUAACACUAGGAGUGUCUGAAUGUUGGUUGAUCAGUAUGUUGUGUGGCUCACUGCUUCCUUGGGGUAUUUGGGAGCCAGAGAGGGAAUCUGGAAGGGUUUGACAAAUUUGCCACCUUUGAAUGAGGACUGAAGAGCUUGUGUGAUAUAUAAUAAUUUUGUAGAGUUGUUUGGUUUUUUUUUAAUAUGGUAUGUCUCAUUUUGAACUGCUUAAACUUCUCACAUUUCCAGUGAAAACUGACUGGAAAAAAUGAAGCUGUUGCUGAUUUAUAGUCAGAAAAGCCUGUUUAGAUGUCUAUGUAGAUAAUCUUAUGUUUUGAAUAAGGCAUAUAAACUUUAGUUAAAGUUGAAGAUGCUGGAAAAUUGCAAAUGGUGUACUUGUAGUCAAAGCACAAAAAUAGAUGUAUUGGUUUUCUAACUGAGAAUGCACAGUUGAUCACUUCUCAAAUUCCUGAUAUUGAAAACUUCAUUUAAGUUUCAGAUAGCUGUGCCAGGUCUUAGUACCUGUAGUGUUGACUUUACUCAUUGAGGAGAUUUAGAAUACAUCAGAUGCAGGAAAAGGGCAGAUUUUAAUGUUGAUAAGAUUUACUACUACAGUCAGAAGGAAAGCUGUCUAAGGUUUUUUAUCUCUGUUGACCAAGUCCUCAGUGAUGAAUAACCUAACUGUGAAAUGCCAUGAUCAAAUGCUACAGAAAAUGAUGAAUUUCUGCCAGCCUAACAUUUAAAAGCUGAUUUUGUCAUCAAUGAACCAUCUUACAGGAAGUUUCAAUGUGGCCUCUCAUUCACAAAAGGCAAGGAUCAAGGAUUUCUUAAGUGACUGCUAUCAAGUGAUCCUAUAAAGCUUUUUGUCCCUUUGGAAGAUGUAAGGCCAUGGGCUCUAUGCAGCUGUGUAGUCUGCUCAACUUUUAAUAUGCAAAAGCUAAUUGCUGAACAGAUUCAAAGACAGCAUUACUUGUUUUAUCACUCUGGCAAUGGAAGUAUCAAAAUAAUACCAGUAAUAAAAUCUGUACAAUUUUUUUCAUAAAAUUAAAUAUCAAAUCAUGAAGUGAAAUAUGUGGGGUCAUUAGAAAUUUUUCUUUCUGCUUCUAUGCAUGACUCUUUUCCCCCCAACAUAUCAGCAGCUCUGAUACCUGCUGUAGCUACCUGCUGUCUGACUCACAUUUGUACUCAGGGUCUCUGACAAGUUUUAGUUCAUAAUCUGGCCACACAAAGAAGUAGAAGCAUAUUCUUUGACUUACUGUUGAUGUAUUAUUUUAAUUUUGGUGGGACUGACUGGUUUGUCUGCAGAAAAUUUGGUACAUUCAUUCCUAAAUUGCUUUGUAUCACAAAGAUGAUAUGGGUUGUGGAGGUAUAUGUUUUUCUCCUCUUUACCUUGUUUAUAGAGAAAUGCACAUUAGGGUUUAAAUUGCUCCUGGCUUUGCUACUCUAGCUGUCUUUCAAGUAAAGAUUCUAUGCCUUGCAGUAUCUAUACUGAGUCUUCUUUCUGAAGCCUGUUUUCAGCUGCUCUCAAAAUCUACACGUGUAUAUCUGUCAAAACUCUGAGUUUUCAUGAGCUCAAGUGCACCUGUGCAGCUGAUCAGGAGUGGGCACUGCUUGCCUGUACUCCUUGAUGGCAUUGCUGCUGAGCCAUGGCUGGCUGGCAGUUCUGGUGCUGUCCUUGGUCUUUUCUCUGUUCUCAUUCAUUUCUCUUUCUUUCUUCCUUAGUAUACGGCUCCUUCUCCAGGUUUCCUCCACAGCAGCACAUCCAUGUUGGAGUUUGCCUUCCUGAGACAGGUGACAGCAGCUCUUGAAGCACAACUGCCCUGCUCACCAGAGCCUCCUGAUCUCUCUAGCAGUGCUUGAAUGCAGGAUGGCUGGGGCAGCAGACGUGGAAGGUAUGCUAGUUUGUAUUUCUGCUGUGCAAUAGAAGACCAGGACAACGAGCUGCUGACACUAGAGGUCGUUCAUCGAUACGUGGAGCUCCUGGACAGAUACUUUGGAAAUGUGUGCGAGCUGGAUAUUAUCUUCAAUUUUGAAAAAGCUUAUUUUAUUCUUGAUGAGUUUAUAAUUGGUGGAGAAGUACAAGAGACUUCAAAGAAGACUGCAGUGAAAGCCAUAGAAGAUUCUGACAUGUUGCAGGAGACAGUAGAAGAAUACAUGAACAAGCCUGCAUUUUAAUGUUAAACUACCUGGACAGAAAACUACUGUAUGCACCUCUGAAGUGCACUUCCUGAAAUUCUUCCCAAUGUGCCAGAUCCUCAGAGAAAUACCAAAAACCAAUAACUGAAGGGGUUUGUUUGUAUAAUGGUGAAGAUGAAGGUCAGCUAAUGUAGCAAAGGGUUUAACAAUUCUGUGCUUUGCAUUACUCUGUACAUGAGUUUCUCAGAGUUGUUAUUGCCCCAGUCUAGUUUCUCUUCUCGUUGCUGGACUCAACUCUUGUUUUGUACCACAUCUUUUAGCUAUGGGUUUUGUCAUCACAAGAUGCUCCUCUGACAAUACUUUGAAGAGGUAUUUUUACUAGUUUUGUUCACUGCUGACUGUAUGACUCUACUUUUGUACAAAUGUCCAUUAUUUUGAAUGUAAUGGUUAUUCUGCUGUAAUAAUAAUUUUUUUC